AGUAUAUAGCAAUGAUUUUAAUUGAAUAUAUUAAUCAUUUUAUUUAAAAAUGGAAGUAUUUUGUGAAAAAUUAAAAAAAAUGAAAGAAAAAAUUUUGAAAAAUGAAGAGCCAUCAUCAUUUUUAAAGUUACAAGUGACUUUUUUUUUUAAAAAAAAGAAAUAAGUAAAUUGGGGUAUAUGCUGUAGGAAGAAGUAGAACCGAAGAACCAGAUUCAAAUGACAUAAUUUCCACCGCCUUUAAGAAAAGAGAAAGAGAGAGAGAGAGAGAGAGAGAGAGAGAAAGAGCCACCGCGUGUUCUUAUCACUUCCGUCUUCUAAUCGACAAUCGCCCUCCAUUUCUGCUCUGUUGUGCUGUGGAAGUGAUCUGCAAUUUGCGGUAUUUGAGUGGAAUUAGAGAAGGAAGAAGAAAUGCAUUUUGAGUUGGUGGGUAUACACCCUCGUGAUGUCAAGUUCAUAUUUGAACCAAGGAGGCAAAGCUCAUGCACUACUCAAUUAAUCAACAAGACAGAUAAAACUGUUGCUUUUAAGGUCAAGACCACUAAUCCAAAGAAGUACUGUGUCCGACCAAAUGCAGGAAUUAUUAGUUCCAAAUCAUCAUGUGAAUUUAAGAUUAUUAUGCAAGCACAACAGGAACCUCCUCCAGAUAUGGUAUGCAAAGACAAGUUCUUAGUUCAGAGCAAAGUUGUCCCAGAUGGUACUUCUGAUAAAGAUAUCACCUCAGAGACAUUUUCCAAAGACGAUGGCAAGUAUGUCCAAGAGAACAAACUAAGGGUGGUUCUUGUUAGUCCAAACAAGUCACCAGUAAUAUCACAAGUUGAUGGAGCACGCAGCAUUCCACUGAAUAUUGAAUCUUCUCCACCAAAAUGGUUGGGAGAUUUUAUAGAUGGUGAACCGCAGGUCACGCGACAAAGGCCAGCCAACAAAGGGGUUAAACAGGAAUAUCAAGUGGAUCAUGUGGAAGAAAAAUUUCCAGAGAUUGACCCCACAAAGGAUGUGGAAAAAGCGAAACGUGGCAAUGAUAUCAAUGCAAGGAAGUCAGUGGAAACCAAUCUCUACUCACCAGUGAUAUUGCAAACUGAUGGAGGACAUGGUCACCCAGUGGAUUUUGAAUCUUCUCCACCAAAAUGGUUAGGAGAUCAUCUCAAUGUUGAAACCCAACUUCCGCCACAAACACCAGCUGAGGAGGCAGUUGAACACUCUCAAGAGGAGUCCGCGGAAACAGAGCAUUGUGAGAUUGAAACCAUUAAGGGGGUGGAAGAAAGGGAGGAACUUGAGAAUGAAAUCAAUGCAAUGAAGUCAAUGUUGAAUGCCCUGGAGCUGAAACUAAGUGAGGCGGAAGCAACCAUUUCAAAGCUGACGGAGGAAACGAGAGUGUCUGCUCAAGAGAAAGAGAGCUUACGUGCUGAACUGGCGAAAUUGAGAGAAAGGAAAGCAGCGGUGAGGAAAGUGGAGGUCGGGUUUCCUUUGCUGUUUGUGGUUAUGGUGGCUCUUGUAAGUCUCUUGCUUGGGUACAUUAUUAACCAGCGCCACUCGAAGUACGUAUAAACCGUACUAGGAAGAUAUAACCAAGGGAUGUAAAUCCCACUCCGUAAUGGUCAUAUAUAUACACACACAUACAUAGACCAGUGUAAAUGAUGUUAUAGUAAGAUUCUCAUAUGGGCAAGUUAGUAUGUUUUCUAGCAUAUAAUGCUAAGAUUUUCAUUAUGCCAAUAACGAAUAAUGUUAUUUGCAUAUU